AUGAAUCAACAGACACUGCUCCUAAAUACAAGAGUAACUCAGUCAAACAAAAUCAUUGAGCAAAAGAUGAAUCUGUUCAACGACAGAGUUCAGCAAAUGCAACAAGUUAUCUCUGACAUGCAAAAUCAGAACUCCGCCAUCGAUCAAAAUCGAAUGGACAUUCUCAUGCUAACAACCUACCUCGGAGCCACUGGAUACUAUGAAGAGUUGAAGCAAAAAUACCAAGCUCUGAUACGUGUCCUCACCAAUAAGGCCAACAGCAUUGAUCUCAUAAGCAAGACCCAGAUUGAUGAAAGGAUUGAGUUAGCACACAAGAAACUUGGACCAAACUUGAUCGUCUCAAGACAGAUCCAGCAACCACUCAAGUUCAAGGUAGAUAAAUCCACCAUCUAUGUCUACACUUACCUACAGAUAGUUGAGACCAAUUCCUAUCAGCUGAUCCAUAUAACUCCCAUUCCUCAACAAAUAGGCAACAACACAUUUGCCUUACAAGAGAUUAAGGAGCCUUUGAUCGGAGCAGACUAUCACAACUACAAAUAUUUCGUGAUGAAAGACUCCGACCUCAGGAACUGCCACACUAUAGAGCCUUCAAGACAUGUCUGCGACGUAAACAUAGUUUACGACAUGUCAAAACAUCCCUCAUGUGCAAUUGAUGAAGUUUUCAAUAGACAUCAGGGAACAACAUGUGCGACCAGAAAGGUAGCAGUUAAACAGGUCAUUUGGAAACGGCUCAACAGCGACAACACAUGGUUUUUCAUAACUGAAAAAUCAACACCAAUCACGAUCAUGUGUAACGGCUUCAGAGAAGAACUACUGCUCAACAACACAGGGAUUCUCCACGUCAAGCGAGAAUGCUUUGUCAAAACCAGCUCUCUCACGCUCAGAACAGGGUUCACAAUGAAGCUCCAAGCAACAGACAUGUUCAGCCGCACUAUCAAGCUCCCAGAGAUCGACACCAUUGAAUUCAGAAGGCAGCCCACAGUGAUGCUGAACACCACCCACAUAAUUGGCCGCUCUGAAGACAUCUUCACAUCAGUAGCUCCACCUGUGCCAACAGUAGUACCACUCAUGCUGAGCCCGAUGUCACAUCCCACUACGUACAGCGUUUCAGGAGUCAUCGGAUUCAUCAUUCUCAUCUUCAUACUCUUCAAGACAAGGGCACACUGGACCAAAAUCUUUCAUCGGAAGAAGUCAACAGAGCAGCCAGGAAAUUUGCAGGAGCCACAGACAGAGGCCUCAAACCACAAUCUGCCUCUAGUACAACGACUCCAGCUCAUUCUCCAACCCAACAAGGAAACUUCGGAUCUUCCCGGCGGCCAGGAUGUUCCGGUUGAAACAUGCAGUAAAUGA